AUGUUGUCUUGUAAGCUUUUUGCCGCUAAUAAGACUGCUGUCAAAAUUACUUGUAGGCAGCUUUCGGUUUUCCAACCUCGCUUCUCGGAGCAAAACUCGACCGCCAACCAGCAAACUGAGACAAAUUCCAAAGAUGUCUUUACAUGGACAGAUUUCUUUCAACUAAGAAAACACGAGCGCAGAAUUAACCUGGGAUCGUCGAUUGUCACUGCUUUGAUGACGAGUAAUGCGUCUUGGGCGUAUUUGUCGACCAUGGAAAUUGAUCCCAUGCAAACCAUCAUGGGUUUCGAUCCCUUGGUAGUAGUUUCCGCCGGUCUUAUGGCCUCCGGUGCAUUCGGGUACUUGCUGGGGCCUAUUUUUGGGACAACCGUGUUCAAGAUGAGACAGAAGGAGAACUUGGCGGAGUACAACAAGAAGACAAAGGACUUUUUGAGACAUGUCAUCGAAAACCGCGUCGACUCCUCCUCGCAGAGUUUUAGCAACCCGGUUCCUGACUAUUACGGGGAGAAGAUUGGAUCGGUCGGCGAAUACAGACAGUGGUUGAGAGACUGCCACGCAUUUAGGAGAAAAGCUAAAGAAUUUCUUUAG